AGUCGAUCGCUCGGCCAUUUACCUUUAUGUAAACAUAAAAUAUACCCUUAAAAGCGUCUGUUUUUAAUAGUGUCUGUUCAUUCUCCAGCCAGGAAUCCGAUACAACAGACAUGGACAUACAAAUCUGUUUCUGACUGAACAAAAGCAAUUUAUACUUUUUUUUCUGUGGGUCGCAGUCAUUCAUUCUAUCACUUAGUCAUUUGCAGGCAAGUAAAGUUUUCUUCACAUAAUAAUGUAUAUGGAUAUUUUUAGUGUCAUUUUGUAACUACUCAAAUAGAGUCCUCAAAAAAAUUGAUGGGUAACAUUGUAUAAAAUAAUCAAGAUAAUAUUUUAUGAAGGAUAUAAGGUAAUUAUACAAAGAUUUCUGUGUGUAUUAUCAUAUGAUUCACAAUGAUUAUAUAGUUUUAUGGAAUAAGGAAUAGUACCAUAUCAAAUUAAAUUAAGAAAUGAAUUCAUUGGCAUUGUGCAUGGAUUUUGCAUAAUUUAAAGAUCCUGAGGAUACCAGCUCUGCUUUGAAGCAUUUUGUCACUGCAAAAUAAAUUGGUUAAGCUGGUUUAAUUUGUGUGAUAAAAUUGUUCAGUUCAUGGAAAAAAAAAUUCUAUUUAGCAUAGCUCUAUCUUCCUGAUCUCUCAAAAGAUGCUGCGAGGGACCCUAAAAUGAGACUCAAUAAGUUGCUCCAGAAACUACUAUAUCUUUUGUUGGGAUCCCUGUAUACCGGACGUCUCAAUUACUGGCCUACCAACCAUUUGUAACUUUCUAACUGCAUUCUUGUUUCCCAUGGACUGUCCAGUAUUGUCAGUGAUGCAGUCAGAUAUAUAUGUGUGUAAGAAUGUGUGUGUGUGUCUGGUAGUAUGGACCAGUAUGUGUAUGCUAGCAUCUGGGAAUAGGGAUUGUUUGUGGUCUUUUCAGGGUAUGCCUCUGUGUGUGAGUGUUAGCAUCUUGGUAUAUGGACCUAUGUGAGGGCAUCUGGGAGUACAGUUCCGUGGCCCGCGUCUAAGAAGACAUUUGGCCCCCAGUUAAGCUUAAUUUGGGACCCAUUCUAUAUACUGAUUCCUGUCUAAAUUUUACAAGGGGCUGAAUCGCUCAUGCAUAUGCAUUGAUAUAGGGGUUAUGCUACCUUUUUUUCCCAGAGGAAACUAUGGAACGCUAAGGUGCCUGGUUUUAGUGAUACAUUAAGAAGGAAGGUUGGAUACCAAAGAAAAUUAGCAAAAUAUGAACAUUCUUAAAAUGUAUUAGCUACAUAGGGCCUAUACGUGGAAGGCAAAUCAUCUGCCUUGAACUUCUUAUUUCAAAUAGGCCGGACCAAAAGAUUUUACAUAUAUAUUUGUGGAAUUAAAUACUGCAGUAGUACUUGUGCCUUGAACACAAUGAUGUGUUGCUGUGAAUAAUGAUUAAUAUCUUAUUUUGGACCUUGUUAAAUUAAUUCAGUUACAUAUGAUGAGCAAUUUUUACAACACUUAUCAGACCCCCUAUCCAUGACAUUUAUGUUUUGUUAAAAAAAAAUAUGGUGGUUUCUUGCCACUUUUAGGCUUUACCUAAAAUUUACAGGGAUAUUUACUCAAGUGAGAAUUCAAAAGGAAUUUCCCAUUUAAGUCUAGAGAAAAACUAACUGAAUCAAAAGCAUUACUGACUUAGAGAACGUUUCCAGUUAAGCUGUUUUGACCUUGAAUUUGAAAUUCACUUUAAAUUCUCACUUUUGUUAAUAACCCUAUUAGAUUGCAUUAAAGCAGUUAUUUAAGCAAACUAAAGUAUCUGUAGUGACAGAGAGGGCAUUCACCUCUGUAAAUAUAUAGGAUUUGCCACGUGCCACUAUCGGAAGGUGCAUGGGGACAUUGAUCUUUUUAAAUAACAUGGCAAUAUAGAGACAUGGAUACAAACUGCUUUUAUACAAAAUAAGACUUUUCAUAAACAAUGCAGUUAAGAUAAAAACUCUUGCAUUUUAUGAUAUUUAGAUACUAUGCCAUUCUAUAUUGUACUGGUGGGCCGGCUGGAUAGGGCAAUGUGCACACCUCACUUUAUGGAUAUUCAUCUAUCCGCUUAAAAUUAAUAGAUGAGUUCUUCUAAUAUCUAUAGGUGUUCUUUACCUUUAUAAUGAAGCAAAACAUGUUGUUAAUGAUUCCCAGUGACCUAGAACAUAAUGACCCAGGCAUAAAGUCCAGGUGACUGAUCUUUUACCAUCCACUGGCAUCGGAAAGGCUUGUCUUGUAUAAGACCCCAAAGGGUGUUUGGAGGGGAAUUUACUUUUGUCACCUGGGUUCAGAUUCGGAACAUCCACAUUGAGGAUUUGAUCUGAUCUUUAGACUUGAUCCUCUCCUUGGCAUACCCUUCUCCAGUAUGAUUUACUUCUUAAUUUAGGGCAAGGCAAAGUUAGAUUUAUGUAUAUCUUUUCUUAUGUAUAUAGAGCAAAACUGUAACAAUGUGGGUAAAAUAUUUGUAAUUAAAUUAUAUUUCAUUAAGAAUCAAUGUAUAUAUAUAUAUAUAUAUAUAUAUAUACAUAUCUUAGUAUUAAAACUGGUUUUCCUAUAUUCGGCAUUACUUAAAUGUGUCAUUUUCUGAAUCAGUCUUAGAUUUGUUGGUCAUUUCCUAAAUACUGUCCCUUUAAUCUAUACUUCUAGUUCUAUUUCUGAAUACCAUGCAUUUGCACAAUUUUUACACAAUUUUGAACAACCAUGAGUAUUAUCAUUGGUAUAACUAACAAAACAUCACUCUAUUUUAUUAUUAAUAUUUACUAUUUUUUUUGUUGGUUUAGACUUAGGGUCAGAAUAAAAUACUCCGGAGAUGGGAUAAAGAAAGAUAAAGAAAUUAGGCAGGGAAACUGGGUUAAAUUUGGCAAAAGUACACAGCAUCAUUUUUUUUUCUUUUUGCUUAUUUUAUAUUACCAAAAAAGUGGAUUUGGCAGUGGGGAGUUAUUUUGCUGCAUAGAGUGCUCCUUAAAGGUAUUCAGGCAAUCACCAGAAGAGAUGGUCCUACAGAAUCCAUAGGGGCUUACAGAACCAAAUUCAAACAAAGAAUAACCCCACAAGAAUAACCUCAAAUAUUAUUAUUCAUAUGUUAAUCCACUGCUUUAAAAUGAAACACUCAAUUCUCUGGAAAUUGCAAGAGUAAAUCAUGGGAAAUCACCUAUAAUUUGUGUUAACAUUUUAUAUAUGUGAUGUUUCAUUUAUUUAUAAGUGUAUAAAAAUACAGAAUAAAUUGCAUAAAACAGUUUCUCUUCCCCUAAUGCAGCUAUGGAGAAGGGAAACUCUUUAGCGACUGCUAUUGAGAAAUGGAGAGAGAGUGCAUGUGAUCGAAAGUUAGUGGAAAAUUAUAUGACUGUGGCUUGUUAUUUGAAAGUGGCUAAUUGGGGUUAUGAGAGAAUGUGGCAUUUUAAAUGCAUAUAGGCAAAAAUACACAUUUACAUGAAAGCCUAUGAUCUACAUUGCAUAUUGUCAACUCAGAUAUUAGAUUUUUUUGGUGUAAAUUGUGCAAUGCCGUGAUUAAAAAUGUUGUUCCCUUGCAGUUAUUUUCUAACUUUACCAAAAUCUCCUGAAUGGGGAAUAUAUUUUCAAAUAUUUUUUAAAACAUGUUAUAUUCACAAAUAUGCAACAAAAGUCUUCUGCACAGGGCUUUCUGUACUUUAUACAUUUAUUACAAAGUGUCUAUUUGUGUACUUCAUAAAGCCGUACAGACUACUAUUUGGCAAUCCAGCCCUUUGACACUCACUAUCUAAAUAAACUGGUUUAAUCAUUCCUUGUAUUUUGUAUUUUAGCGUAAUAGAAUAUUAGGCUUUCAUCUAACAAGUUUAAUUAUUUUCAUAAAGUGCUGUCCAUACUCCUGCCUAGAUUUCUAGUAAAGGUAAACAAAAACACAAUUUUAUCCUACAUUAAUACAUUUUAUCGUUUUUUUUGUCUUUUUUUUAUUGUAUACAUUUUGAAAAUUUGCCAGUUUUGCCAGUCUACUUAGAAAGGAAGUAAAACCUAAACAGGAUGUAGUCUGGGCAUUUUCUUAAUUAUUUUUAUUACAUCUUGCAGGUUAUCCACUUGAGAAGUUGAGGACAUCAUGUCUAUCACUCUGCAAAGCAUAAAGAAAAUUGGAGAGGACAAUAAAUCUUUUGAAGCUAAUGAAUCAGGUAAAUAAACACUAGACUAAAAGGAGAGCUAAAUAAAUUUCCAAUGAAUCAAUAAAAAAAUAAAAAAGUUAUUAUGCUAUCAGAGCAAAUAAACAAAAUGUAAAAUAAAAAAUAUUUGAAAAAGUGAAAAAAAUGGUUAACUACAUACAAAUGGGAGCUGAUCCUUCCCAAAAAGUCAGCUAUCUCUAAUAUUCCUAGUUUAGUCUCCAAGGACAAUUGCAACUAAAUAUAUCUAUCAGUAAGUGUGCUGUCAGAAGAACACCUAGCAUACUAACUAAGAAAAAUGUGGUAUACAAAAAAAGUUAACCGACAAAAGAGGCUUGAUAGAUCUGAGCAGGGAUUUACCAAAGGACAAGCUACUUUGUUCCUUUAAGCUUUUGUCCGUUCUCAGGGUUCUCAUAUUCUUUUUUUUGUUGCACGAACUUGGCUCUUCCCAAGUUAAAAGGGUAAUCCAGCUACACCUUACUGAUGUGGCCCAAAGAAAGCCGUAACAAUCGUCCGGAGUUGCUGUAUCUCUCAUGCAGAGAGAACUUGCCAGCAUUUUGGUUGUGGACUGCCCUCAUGGGUGGGAUUAGUCUGAUAUGCCUUGGAACUGGUUCUCUCUUUAAUGGCACAAGUGAGCAAAAACUAUUUUGAGACCUGAGCAGGGCUUUACCAAAGGGCAAGCUACUGAGUUCCUCUAAGCAUUUGUCCGUUCUCAGAGGUCUCAUAGUCUUUGUUUUUGAUAGAUCUGAUACACCAGAAACACAAAUGUAUCAAACAUGUUUUACUAAUAGUCAGUGGCAUAGCAUGGAUUGUCAGUGCUUGGGGCAAGUCAAGUAUUGUUCCCCCUUACCCGUUAACCGUUAGCACUCCCUGAAUCCCUUAACAGGUACUUAGAUAGCCUCCAUCCUCCUUCCCUAUCCGCCUGGUCUCCGGGAUAUGUGUGACACUGAUAGUUGCAUCGUGUGACCGCUACUAUUAGACCUUCAGUGUCCCUGCACACCCUUAUCACACAGUGAACAAUAGAAACACAUAAGUUUGACGUUCAUUUCGGUGCUCCCGACUUUAUUGGGAACUAAAAUUAUACUAGCCAGCCACACACUGGGAGACCUGAGUAUUUUUUAUAAUAAUUUUUUUUUUAUUACAAUUUUACAGCUUAUACAAGAAUUAAAGAAAGAUUAUUGUAUCAUAGAAAUAGACACAAUAUAUACACUACAUUACAAUAUGUACAACAUAAAAAGAAACAUACAACAUGAAAACAAAGUAUCGGGAUGGCCAUCGGUGGACUGGGGAAAGGGGAUAGACAAAAUCGCAUUACAGAAUAUACAAAAUUCAAUAAUCAAUAUAGAUAGAGCCACUUUCGGGGUGGGAUUAUUCAUGUUUAUCUUACAAAAGUAUCCAUGCUAGGGUUAUUAAGCUGCCAAAGUAUUGAUAGUUUAAUCUUUAUAAUAAUCAAACCAUUUUCCCCAGAUUAUAUAAACUGAUGUUGUUAUCAUUAGACCCGAAUAUUUAAAGUAGGUGACUCCUCCCCCUUUAAGGAAGAUAGAGGGUGAGACUACAAUUUGCCAUGGCCAAGCCAAUGGUCUUUCCCAAAGUAAUGCCUACAUCAAUAUUCAUAGUUGUGUCUUGGUUUCACCCCAUACCAAGGAAGUCACUCCUCCCUACAUUCAGGUCCGUAGGGUGGCGCUAAUUUGGAAAAAGAGUUAUCUAACAUGUAGUCAUAAUUUUGCUAAAUUUCUAUGUUUAGUGAAUAAAACUUUUGGUGAUCUUUGGGAGGGGGGUAAUCCUUUAGAAUAGGAAUGCGGUAUGAUAAGUCAUGACUUUUAAAUGAAUGCUUUUUUUUAAUUUAAAUAUAAAUUGCACAUCACAUAUAGUGAAGUAUUGAUUAGUAAAAGCUUAUUCAUGCCAAACCUUAUUUUUGUUUUUCUCUCAUGGUCAGAAAACUACAAGAAGAAAGAGUGAGUAUCUCAAUAAUCAUGUACCAAACCAUGAUCCAGGCAAAAAAAAUGUAUUAGAACAAUGUUUAACAAAUGGAUGAUUUCUCAUCACAUGUACAUAUAGAUAUGCUAGCACAAUAAAUCGGGCUUUUUGGGGUAUAGAAAGCGAUACUGUUGAAUUCAAAACAAUUUGCCACUUUAACAUUCUAGCUACAAGUUAUCUAAAACAAAUUGUCAAGCUUAAAAGACAUCCUGCCCAAAAACAGAAGAAAAAAAUAGAAUUAUAAUUAUUGUGUAUAAUUAUUGUGUAUGAUUAAAAUCAAGACUGACUGAUGUGUAUUUUAUUAUUUUUCCCUUUCAACAGAGAUCCAUAUGGAAAUGGAAAUGCCUCUUCAAAACAAGCAAAGUAAGAAUAAUGUUUUUGAUAUUUAAACCUCAGCGGUAUGUCAAUGUAGCUGGUUAAAGUUGACCUCUCACCGCAUUAACAAACACAAUGAAAUAUUUAGAUCAUACACACUUAGGGUUGCAUUCACUGAACACUGAAGGCAAAUUUUAGUCUUAAAGGGACACUAUAGUCACCCAGACCACUUCAGCUCAAUUAAGUGGUCUGGGUGCCAGGUCCCUCAGGUUUUAACCCUGCAGAUGCAAACAUAGCAGUUUCAGAGAAACUGCUAUGUUUACAUUGCAGGGUGAAGCCAGCCUCUAGUGGCUGUCUUCUGGACAGCCACUAGAGGCGCAUCUGCGAUGCUGGAGGCAUUUAAUGCCUCCAUCACGCAGAGCGUCCAUAGGAAAGAAUUGAAAAAUGUUUUCCUAUGGACACUUUGAAUGCGCGCACACUUGCCGCGCAUGCGCAUUUGGCUCCGCUGACGUCGGCAGAGGGAGCUGACGUCGGCGGGGGAGGGGAGGUCACCAGUGCUGAGGGAGCUCGGUGCUGGAAUAAGGUAAGCAACUGAAGGAGUUUUAACCCCUUCAGCGCCACGGGAGGGGGACCCUGAGGGUGGGGAACCCUCAGGGCACUAUAGUGUCAGGAAAACCGCUUUGUUUUCCUGACACUAUAGUGAUCCUUUAAAUAGCUGAAUUAUGGCUGAAGGUGAAUUUUACAAAUCACAAUUUCAGAUGAAACUUUAAAAGAUUUUCAAUACACUACAAUUUCGAGUUUAACUAAUAAUUCUGGAAAUUUUGCAGUUCAAUAUUCAAUGUCCAGUAAAUAAUCCAUUUUGUAUUAUAUAAGGUUGACUAGAAAAAUAAAUAAAUGAAUGUGUCUUUUAGAACAAUUUUAAAUGCUGAUGAAAUGUGUUUUUAAAAGCAAAUUCAAAGUAACUUUCACAUUUAAGUAUCCAACCUGCAAGCAUGGCUGACUUAUUAAUGUUUCCAGUUUGGUAUUUUGACCUUAAAUUUGAAAUUUGAAUUUUGUAUUCACUUUGAAUUCUCCCUUUCGUAAAUAAACCUGUGAAUUCUCACUUUAGUGAUAAAGCCUUUCAGUUAAUCCGUUCACCACCAAUUAUUUUUAGUCUUAAAAAUAUUAUCAUAACAUUUAUUUUCAGCCUAAAAUAGAAUGCAAAACUGACACACUAAUGAUGGAUAAAACAGCAAUUAUAUGUACAGGGAGUGCUGAAUUAUUAGGCAAGUUGUAUUUUUGAGGAUUAAUUUUAUUAUUGAACAACAACCAUGUUCUCAAUGAACCCAAAAAACUCAUUAAUAGCAAAGCUGAAUAUUUUUGGAAGUAGUUUUUAGUUUGUUUUUAGUUUUAGCUAUGUUAGGGGGAUAUCUGUGUGUGCAGGUGACUAUUACUGUGCAUAAUUAUUAGGCAACUUAACAAAAAACAAAUAUAUACCCAUUUCAAUUAUUUAUUAUUACCAGUGAAACCAAUAUAACAUCACAACAUUCACAAAUAUACAUUUCUGACAUUCAAAAACAAAACAAAAACAAAUCAGUGACCAAUAUAGCCACCUUUCUUUGCAAGGACACUCAAAAGCCUGCCAUCCAUGGAUUCUGUCAGUGUUUUGAUCUGUUCACCAUCAACAUUGCGUGCAGCAGCAACCACAGCCUCCCAGACACUGUUCAGAGAGGUGUACUGUUUUCCCUCCUUGUAAAUCUCACAUUUGAUGAUGGACCACAGGUUCUCAAUGGGGUUCAGAUCAGGUGAACAAGGAGGCCAUGUCAUUAGAUUUUCUUCUUUUAUACCCUUUCUUGCCAGCCACGCUGUGGAGUACUUGGACGCGUGUGAUGGAGCAUUGUCCUGCAUGAAAAUCAUGUUUUUCUUGAAGGAUGCAGACUUCUUCCUGUACCACUGCUUGAAGAAGGUGUCUUCCAGGAACUGGCAGUACGACUGGGAGUUGAGCUUGACUCCAUCCUCAACCCGAAAAGGCCCCACAAGCUCAUCUUUGAUGAUACCAGCCCAAACCAGUACUCCACCUCCACCUUGCUGGCGUCUGAGUCGGACUGGAGCUCUCUGCCCUUUACCAAUCCAGCCACGGGCCCAUCCAUCUGGCCCAUCAAGACUCACUCUCAUUUCAUCAGUCCAUAAAACCUUAGAAAAAUCAGUCUUGAGAUAUUUCUUGGCCCAGUCUUGACGUUUCAGCUUGUUUGUCUUGUUCAGUGGUGGUUGUCUUUCAGCCUUUCUUACCUUGGCCAUGUCUCUGAGUAUUGCACACCUUGUGCUUUUGGGCACUCCAGUGAUGUUGCAGCUCUGAAAUAUGGCCAAACUGGUGGCAAGUGGCAUCGUGGCAGCUGCACGCUUGACUUUUCUCAGUUCAUGGGCAGUUAUUUUGCGCCUUGGUUUUUCCACACGCUUCUUGCGACCCUGUUGACUAUUUUGAAUGAAACGCUUGAUUGUUCGAUGAUCACGCUUCAGAAGCUUUGCAAUUUUAAGAGUGCUGCAUCCCUCUGCAAGAUAUCUCACUAUUUUUGACUUUUCUGAGCCUGUCAAGUCCUUCUUUUGACCCAUUUUGCCAAAGGAAAGGAAGUUGCCUAAUAAUUAUGCACACCUGAUAUAGGGUGUUGAUGUCAUUAGACCACACCCCUUCUCAUUACAGAGAUGCACAUCACCUAAUAUGCUUAAUUGGUAGUAGGCUUUCGAGCCUAUACAGCUUGGAGUAAGACAACAUGCAUAAAGAGGAUGAUGUGGUCAAAAUACUCAUUUGCCUAAUAAUUCUGCACUCCCUGUAUAUGUAUAUACAUAAAAAUGAUCAUCAUUUAUAAUGCUUCAACAAAUAUUUCAGCACUUGAUGCAGUAUGUAAAUUGUAGAUUAGAAGUGUUAGUCUAACACAAAUAAAGUUACAAAUGGAUGCAGUUUGUGUAGAGAGGUGCCUUCAAGCUUGUAAACUAAACCAUAAUCAUGAAAAAUUAACUAGAAAUGUUCACUGUAGGCUAUCAAAGAAAGACACACUGACCUUGAAAUGUUUGAUUCAAGUAACCCCUGGCAAGGUUCCAUGUGUUUAGAUGGAUACUAUUUCUUCUACUAGCCUUUACUCCUAUUAACCAAAACAUACAAAGCUAUUGCAAAACUGACAUUUUUAUUUCUGCCUCAAUUUAAUAUUCUUGGGUAAGCUUGUUUAAGUAAUUUAUAUAUAUUUUGAUAUUCUUUUAAAAUUAUUUGUAUAAAGUAUUAAAAUAUACAAAAUAUAUCGUAUCUACAAACAUACAUAAAUAUAUAAACAUAUUUUUAAAAAAUCACAACAAUAAAUCCUUUUAGAAUGUUAUGUAAAAAUAUGAAAAAUAUAAGAUCUGACUAUUCAAUCUUGAGGAUGACAGUGAUAAUAGGGAAAUGACAAAACAAAAUUAAAGAUAUUACGUUUUUUUUUUUUGUUUUUUUUGCACACUGUAUGAUGGUAUGCAUUGUCUCCUUGGCAUAACUAUGGACAAUAAAGAGGUACACUGCUACAUUCAAUAUAAUAUGGAAGCUGCACAUUUUAUGCCAACAAAACAGCCACGCUUGAGAAUGUUUUGCAGUAUGGAUAUUUUAGCAUAAAAUUGCUAUUUUUUUCUUCCAGUAGUGUCCAGUAUUAUUCUUUUAGACCAUGUGGAAGUUGAAAGUUUGUAAAUAAUUCUUGUCAUUGGGACUUUCUCUUUAACAGGUCUAAGACCAAACAUGCAAGUGACAACAUUAGAGUUGGCUUCUUUCAGUUGGUAAGCUAAGGUUCCUGAAAUAUUGUCAUUCACCCUUAAAGGAGAAUUUUCACAAAACAUUUAAAGUGUAUAACCUGCAGUGCCAUAAAAACCAUAUGUGUUAUUUAUCAUAGUUACAAACAACUGAAAAAAAAAAUACCUGUGCACUUAUAUCGGGUACGCAGGUUACAGGAGUGUUGGCCAUGCCUACUGAUAGUAUCUGCAAAUCUACUCACAAUGUUAAAAUAUUGUUAAAAUGCUCUAAAUAAGUAUUACACAUUGUCUAAAGCCUAGUCCUUUGGCUCUAAUUCACUUUAUGCAUCUAAUUCACCCAAAUUAGUCGAAAUUGGAUGGCAAUGAUGGGUGGUGGUGACCUCAGACCAAAGGUGGAUAAGCUAAUAUUGGGGAGGGAUCAUUGCUUACAAAUAGUUUCCACCAUAGCCAUAAUAAAAUGAUUAUUAUUAUUAUUAUUAUUAUUAUUAUUAUUAUUAUUAGAUGCAAUAUUGCGCCAACAAAUUCCCAAGAGCUUUAUAAUUAUAAAAUCAGGCUAUUUGACGACAAAUAAUUUACACACAGAAUAUAACAGAGACAGGAGAUGAAGAAGGCCCUGCUCAAAUUAGCUUACAAUGGCAAUGGUACUUAGAAGCCCCCUUUUAUUUGUGAGUCCUAACAAAAUAUGGAGGGAGAGUUUUUCUUGUUGGUGAAUCUCCCUUGUGCAUUAACUUCUGAAAUCUCCUUAUGUAUUCUUAUGGCAUAGCCUGUGAUAAUAUUGUUGAAAAAGCAAUAGAGAAUAGAGGGCACCGCCACCAAGAUCAUAAUCCACACUUUAUUUGUAAUGUAACAUAUUUGUAGAAGGAGCAGAAUCUGUACCUCCAUAAGGAGAAGAAUCUGUACCUCCAUAAGCAAAACUCAUCUUUACCAUUCUAGCUUAGAACAUUUUUUUUAUCACUGGAGGCAUUAUCCCUAUUUUAUUGUAUGUACACAUUUGUUGUUUUAGAUACUUUUUCGUUAAUAUCAAACAUUCAGAGAUGACUUUAUCGUGCUUUCCUGCACUGCUUCCACUAACAUCAUCGUCAUUUAACAUUGUUGCUUACCUUGUCAUUAGUGCUUCUUUUUAAAUUAAAGUUGCUUUCUACUUUUAUAUUAUGUCAAAAAAUCCAGUUCAGGUUUGCUUCUUGCUAUGAAACUACCCUGAUGGUUUUUGGAGGUAUUGCUGCCGUUAUCCAUGGGGCUGCACAACCGUGUAUGUUACUUGUAUUUGGAAUGAUGAUUGACACAUUCAUAUUGUACGAUAUUGAACUACAACAGCUUGGUGACCCCAACAAGACCUGCAUUAAUAACACCAUCAUGUGGAUAAACCACUCUGUUGUAGAAGAAGAAAAUGAUACCAUGAGCUGCGGGUGAGAAAGCCUUAUAAUUGUUGCAAGGUCCACUUUUAUUUUUCAUCUUACUCUGCCGUUUUGUAUCUGUUUUUAGUAUAAUUAAAUUUUUCAUGAAAACUGAGUGUAUUAAAGUAAAGAAACUCAAUGAAGUAUCUGGGUCCCUUAUGUUCCCCUUUUAACCCUUCAGUUGAAAACAUAACUGUUGUUUUUUUUACACAUGUAAACUAGCUUCCCAACGCUUUCCUAUGGGAAAGCAUUGGAUUGGCUGAGGUCAUCAACACUGAUGAUCUCAGCCAACAACGCAAGCUUCUCCUAUGAGACUGGUGCUACGAGGAUGAAAAGGUAAAGGUAAACUACCUUUUUUAACCUGUCAGCACUGGCCCAGUCACCUUCACGGUGAAUCGAACUGCUUAGCAUUAGAAAUGCAUAUUUUUAUUCUUAUCGCUAAUAGUGUUACUUUAAUAUAUUUAUGGAUACUUCAGUAUCAGCAUGUUAACUGGUUGACCCUCCAUAACUACACUGAGUAAUAGCUAAUGUAAGCUGAGAUAUAGUGAGCCUUUUUGUUCAUUGAACACAAUAUUGGAACAGGUAUUAAAAAAGGCAAUUACUAUGAAUGUAUUUAGCCAGAAUUUGAUGAAGGAUUUUAUCAAGUCAAAUAUGAAAAUAUGCCGAAUUUUCUGAAAUUAUUGUAACUUAUCAUAGUUUGACCGGUAUACAUUUGACCACCUUAAAUCAAAUGGGCCUCUCAAAACCUCACACAGGUGCCAAUUUUAAUAUUUUUUUGUACUGGAUUUGUCAUUGUAUGUCUUUAUUAAAAAUAAAGAAGAGGGUUGCACUCAAUCACAGAAAUAUACACAGGGUACUAAACUGAGCAUGUUCAGCAUACCCCAUAUUUACCCAGGUCUUUAUAAAGCUUGAUAAAGACCUGGAUAUAGGUCGAAAUGUUGCGGAUCCAAUAAAACUGCCUUGAAUAUAUUACAGUGAGUGCCUGAGAUUUUUCUUUUAUAUGUAUGUCUUUAUUAGACAUGUGCAAUUUGUUUCGUUCCGAAUGUGAAUUUUGACGAAUUUUGGGCAAUUCGGACUUUCGGAUGCUUCUGAAUGUCCGAAGUACCGAAGUGCCGAAUUGACGAAGUGCCGAACUGAACCACAGAUGUGCCGAAUUGCAGAAAUUCCAGUGCCAAAAAAAAGGGAAAAAUUACAGACAAGACAGGAAUCUUGACCAAUAAGCUAAUUCCUGGCACUGGGAGCCCUAUAGAUGUGUAAGUGGUUGUGGUGGUUAGGGUUAGGAGUAGGGUUAGGUGUAGGGUUAGGGUGAGAAGUAGGGUGAGGGGUAUGGUUAUGGUUAGGGCUAGCGUUAGAGGUAGGGUUAGUGGUAGGGUUAGUCGUAAGGGUAGGGGUAGGGUUAGGGUUAUGGGUAGUGGUAGGGUUAGGGUUAUGUGUAGGGGUUAUGUGUAGGGGUAGGGUUAGUGGUGGGGUUAGGGGUAGGGUUAGGGUUAGAGGUAAGGUUAGGGUUAGGGUUAGGGGUAGGGAGCCUUACAGAUUUUCCAAAUUCUUCGGCAAGUCCCGAAUUGCCGAAGUUCCGAAUUUCGGAAGUGCUGAAACGAACCGAAUUGCCGAAGUGCCGAAUUUAUUUACUUACACGAAUUUCCGAACCAAACCAAAUUUUUUGCACAUGCACAUCCAUAGUCUUUAUUUAACCAUUUUACAUAUUUGUAUCAGCAUAAGAUAAGGCACCUGUAUGCAUUGUAUAAUAUGACUGUUUACCCCUCCAUCAUCUGUUAUCUGUUUUUUUGUGCACAGUUUUAAUUAUUUUUGGAACUUGGUGGAAGUAAUAAGUGGGUUACUCGUUAAAAAAAAAAUAUAUAUAUAUAUAUACCCAGAGUGUAUUUAUAUAGUCAAGGAAUGUGAUUUUUUUUUUUAAUGUUAACGUUUUGCACUCAUUUUCUUAAUUUUGCUUUAGGCUGCUGGAAAUUGAGGCUGAAAUGACAAAUUUUGCCUUGUACUAUGCAGGCAUUGGUUGCUCGGUGCUAAUUCUGGGUUAUAUGCAAGUAAGUGGCUUAAUUCCAAGAGUCUCUAUUCAUUACACUGAUUUAAAAUGAUGCAUUGGAUUAUAAAUUUAAAGAUAGUAAAAGUAUACUCUAAGCACCAAAACAACUUUUGCUUAGUGAAGUGGUUUUGGUGUCUAGACCAUGCCCCUACGCUGCCACUGCUUAAUUCUCUAACAUUUAGAGGUAAAAUCACUUUGAUGAUGACACCCCUCUCCUGGCUGUGACUGCCAGUCUCUCUACACUCUUGGAAAAUAGAUUUCAUUUUUAAACGUCCUUUAUUGCACAGUGUGUUUAAUUUAGAUGCUCUUAUCUCCUGCUCUGUUAAUUGCUUGUGGUGGUACAUAGAAGCAAGGUGUUCUGUAUUUUUUAUGCUAUAGAUAACAAGCUCACUGCAGAUAUAAGACACUGUGGAGUUACGGCUUUGUCAUUAGAUAUUGCACAGAAUAAUGCACUGCUUGCUUUGAAAAUAAUGAAACAAGCCUGCAUCCUAACAGCACUCCUAUUGGAUACAAAAUGUUUAGAACAGUGAUAAAUUAAUUGACAUUAACUCAGCAAGAGUCGUCUCAAGUCUGAUUCUGUAUAAAUACUGACACUAUGUGCACUGAUACUAUUAAGCCUUACUUUUUUUCUUACUUCAGCUUGUUCUUUUUUGAGUGCUUUUAAUGAUUUUUUAGCUGCUCCAUUAGUCUCCUGCUACCAGUAAAGCCAACCUCUGAAAUAUCCUUUGAUGUUAUAUUUUCUAAAUAUUGACUCUCACAGCUGUAGCCAAUCUUCCUUUGAAAUUACUAAGACAAUGACAAACAAAAGUAUAACAGAAUCAACGUUAGAAAACACAGCGGGAUGAGCGAGAACAUCCACUGCUCAAAAAAAUAAAGGGAACACUUAAACAACACAAUGUAACUCCAAGUCAAUCACACUUCUGUGAAACCAAACUGUCCACUUAGGAAGCAACACUGAGUGACAAUCAAUUUCACAUGCCGUUGAUUUUAGGCUCUCUUAUUAAUGUGUAUUUAAUAUUCUCACAUAUAUACUAGCAUACUUAAUUAACUCCCAACCAUGAACACAUGCAUUCAACAUGAUAGUUUUUUUAAUUUCUGUACAAGUGGCUUUUUCAAUAAAUACAAAGUUUUAGAGUCUAAAAUACACUGCUCAAAAAAAUAAAGGGAACACUUAAAACAACACAAUGUAACUCCAAGUCAAUCACACUUCUGGAAAUCAAACUGUCCACUUAGGAAGCAACACUGAGGGACAAUCAAUUUCACAUGCUGUUGUGCAAACGGGAUAGACAACAGGUGGAAAUUAUAGGCAAUUAGCAAGACACCCCCAAUAAAGGAGUGGUUCUGCAUGUGGUGACCACAGACCACUUCUCAGUUCCUGUGCUUCCUGGCUGAUGUUUUGGUCACUUUUGAAUGCUGGCGGUGCUUUCACUCUAGUGGUAGCAUGAGACGGAGUCUACAACCCACACAAGUGGCUCAGGUAGUGCAGCUCAUCCAGGAUGGCACAUCGAUGCAAGCUGUGGCAAGAAGGUUUGCUGUGUCUGUCAGCGUAGGGUCCAGAGCAUGGAGGUGCUACCAGGAGACAGGCCAGUACAUCAGGAGACAUGGAGGAGGCUGUAGGAGGGCAACAGCCAAGCAGCAGGACCGCUACCUCUGCCUUUGUGCAAGGAGGAACAGAAGGAGCACUGCCAGAGCCCUGCAAAAUGACCUCCAGCAUGUCACAAAUGUGCAUGUGUCUGCUCAAAUGGUCAGAAACAGACUCCAUGAGGGUGGUAUGAGGGCCCGACGUCCACAGGUGGGGGUUGUGCUUACAGCCCAACACCGUGCAGGACGUUUGGCAUUUGCCAGAGAACACCAAGAUUGGUAAAUUCACCACUGGCACUCUGUGCUCUUCACAGAUGAAAGCAGAUUCACACUGAGCACAUGUGACAGACGUGACAGAGUCUGGAGACGCCGUGGAGAAUGUUCUGCUGCCUGCAACAUCCUCCAGCAUGACCGGUUUGGCAGUGGGUCAGUAAUGGUGUGGGGUGGCAUUUCUUUGGGCGGCCUCACUGCCCUCCAUGUGCUCGCCAGAAGUAGCCUGAUUGCCAUUAGGUACCGAGAUGAGAUCCUAAGACCCCUUGUGUGACUAUAUGCUUGUGCUGUUGGCCCUGGGUUCCUCCUAAUGCAAGACAAUGUUAUACCUCAUGUCAGCAGUUCCUGCAAGAUGAAGGCAUUGAUGCCAUGGAUAGGUCCGCCGGUUCCCCAGACCUGAAUCCAAUUGAGCAAAUCUGGGACAUCAUGUCUUGCUCCAUUCCCCAAUGUCGCGUUGCACCACAGACUGUCCAGGAGUUGGCGGAUGCUUUAGUCCAGGUCUGGGAGGAGAUCCCUCAGGAGACCAUCUGCCACCUCAUCAGGAGCAUGCACAGGCAUUGUAGGGAGGUCAUACAGGCACGUGGAGGCCACACACACACUACUGAGCCUCAUUUUGAUUUGUUUUAAGGACAUUACAUCAAAGUUGGAUCAGCCUGUAGUGUGUUUUUCCACUUUAAUUUUGAGUGUGAAUCCAAAUCCAGACCUCCAUGGGUUGAAAAAUUAGAUUUCCAUUUUUUAAUUUUUGUGUGAUUUUGUUGUCAGCACAUUCAGUUAUGUAAAGAACAAAGUAUUUCAGAAGAAUAUUUAAUUCAUUCAGAUCUAGGAUGUGUUUUUUUUUGUGUUCCCUUUAUUUUUUUGAGCAGUGUAUAUAUAUAUAUAUUUUUUUUUUAAUGUAAACUUAGCCCUCUUCUACAGAUUUUAACCACUUAAAGACCAAGGAAUACUUCUGUCAUAACAAAGUCAACUUUAAAAAUCUUAUAUUUUAAUUAUAAAAAUCUUUAGGGACCAGACAAUUUUGACCACAUUAGAUAUAAUUUGGCAUUGUCAUUCAUCGGGAAAUUUAUACUUUAUUCACCCAUAUGUAGGAAUAAAUUUGAUUGAAAUUUGCUUACUAAUGUUUUUUUGGGAAAAAAACAAAGGAAAUAAGGGCUGUAUCAACUAAACAGCAAGCUUUGAGGACUUGAGAAUCAAUUUGAAGAUUUAGGAUACACUAGCAAGUUUAACAAGAAGUAACCAAGAAGACUAGACUAGAGGUUUAUCCCAACUCAGUUGUUAUAGUCUACAUCCUGAAAAUCAAUUCUAGGUGUUUGGCAAAUAUAUCGCACAGUAAAUAUACAAAACUUCCUGUAAUAAAAAUGUGUGUACCAAGCAAUAUCAAGUCAUAGAAUACUUACAAAGUUAGUAUUUGUUGCUACUGGUCUUUGACCUAAAAUACAUUACCUUUGGUGGAACGUAUAAUUUAUUGGCCAUUUCCCCCAUCAAGAUAUAGAAACUAGAUAUGCACAUUCAUUGCACUCUUCCUUAAAUGAAUCGGUUCAUUUGACAACGAAUUGAUCAGUUUAAAAACGAAUUAAAAUAGAUUCUAUACCAGAUCAUUGAUUUCUUAAGUAAGAGUGCAACAAAAGCAUGUGCCCAGCUCUCACAUCAAAGAUAGGUCUUUAUCAAACAAGAUAGGUGUAAAAUGUACAAUCGGAUAUUGUGAUUUAUAGAAUAUUUGGAGGAAGUUCCAUUUAGUAUGUUUUGUGGAUAUGUUUUGUGUAAAACAAAAUAAUUGCAAAAUGGUUUGUGGAAAAAAAUAUCUAACCCAAGCAUUUAAAAAAAAAAAAAAGUUAUUUUUAAGUUGGUUAUUUAUGCUUGCAUUGCAUUUUAACAUCUUAAAUGCACCUUACAUUUAGGUCAGAAAUCGACUCAUUCAUUGGGUAGAGUAAACACUAUGUAAGGUUACAUUUGUAUGUAUGAUAAGUUUACAAUUAUUAGUUUUUUUUUUAGCUGGAAUUGCAGAGAACUAACAUGAUUUUUGUUUUCAUUUAAUCUGGACUAAUAUUUGCAGUUUUUGAGUUUUCCAGAAAUUCCUGCUUCAUUGAA